UUGUCUAUUACUUCCUCUUUCAUAAACAUACUGGUUUAAAAUGCUGGCUCACAGCCCCCACAGUUUCACAGUGCAGUUUGAGGUUGAGCAUGUAAUCCAGGCUGUCAGGAACCCUCAUGAUGCGGAGAAAGAAAUACACAGUCGCAGCUGUUCUUCUGCUGUGUGCUGUUAGCACUCUUUGCUCUGGUGGUGCUAUGAAUCAGAACUGCGUGUCCAGUUGGAAGGUGAAUUGCUUUCAUCCAGCUGUCCACCUGAAUGCCUCUGAUCCUGUCGGCUUGAAGGUGUCAUUUGGUCAAAAACUCGACGUCUCCCUGGUUGGCCUCCCUGAUGCCACUGUCUGUCAGUGGAGUGGAGCUCAAGGCUCUCUGCUGAAAAUAGAAGAGCGUGUCUCCACGGUCAUUCCACAAGCUUUAAGGAAAGAUUCUGGAACAUACAAUCUGGGCUGUGAAAGUCUGAAUGGGACCAGUUUCUCAAUAACUGUUGAUCUUCAUGUAGGUGAAUGUCCAUCAAAACCACAGCUGACUCUGGAUAAAAUGGAUAACCCCAAUAUGUCUCCCCACUUCAAAUGCAAAUCUGAUGGUUCUCCAAGGCCCAGAGUUCAGUGGUCUGGUUCCUCUCAGGGGAAGAGAAAAGACCUCGAUACUUGUGGAGCAGAGAUCUCAGUCACAACUACUGCUUAUUAUGACACAGCAGCAGUGAUGUGUUGCGCCUCUAAUGAUGAAGGAGAAGAAUGCACCCAGCUGUGUGACUUAGAUUUAGAAGCUGAUUCAAUUAAACAAGAUGAGAUUUCUGAUGUGAUCGUUAGCCCCGGUGAGCCAUUGAUACUUCGCUGCAGGAGAAAAUUCACUCGGGAUUCAACAAUUAACUGGCAACAUGAAGGAAAGGUUUUGGUGGAUAAAACAAAUAAGUACCGAAUUAUAAAGGAUAAACACUAUGGCACUGAGAUGCUGUAUGCUUUCAUAGCAUCAGUUGCCAUAGAGCACAACGGCUCAUACACCUGCUACAACUCAAAAGGUGCAGCUAAAUCUGUGGAUGUCCAUGUCACAACUGAGAGCUUUCUAUCCUCCCAGUUGCCUAAACAGGUUAUUGUAAAUCACAGCAACUCCUGCUUAGAAGCAGAAGUUUCCUACCACCCUGUGCUCCAUCACUGCUACUGGGAGGCUCCUGAUGGGAGUCUUACUAAAUGCAGCAGGAACCAGAGGAAGUUAAAUGACAGGACUGUGAAGUAUUGUAAUAAACUCCAGUCAGGAGAAUAUAUGCUACACCUGGAGGCUGGAGGGAAAAAAGAAACAAAGAAAACAGCAGUUUGUGUUGUAGAAGAACCAGACAUCCUAAUUAAAAAAGAAGGUGAUAACUUAAGUGUUGAGACUAAAAGUGUCCUGCCAGCAAAGACUACAUGGAUGUCCAGCUCAUUCAGCAACAGCUCUGAAACCAACUCAUCCUGGGAAGUGAUUCAUGAGAAACACCACACAGCUUCUGAUGGCUUCUGUAACAAGAAACUUAACAGCUUUUUAAAGCUCUCUCAAGUGCCUAACAAGAAAGUAAAGUUCUGCCUGACUAAUCAAGCUGGAAACUGGUGCAGUUACACUAAUUUUUUUGAAGCACCCGUAAUCCAAGCUUACACAGGUCAUCGACCUCCUGAUCAUAAUAACUUGCUGCUGCGAAUUGGUGUAUGUGUUUUACUCCUGGCUCUGCUAGUAGUCUUAGCGCUGCUCUACUAUGUCAAGAAGAAGAAACCCAAAUACCAGCCUCAGCUGCAGAUGAUCCAGAUGGUUGGACCUAAUGACAACGACUACAUCUACAUCAACUUCAAGGACUUUAAUUAUGACAAGAAAUGGGAGUUUCCAAGGGAGAACCUGGAACUUGGAAAAGAGCUAGGAUCUGGAGCUUUUGGCAUGGUGGUUCAGGCUACAGCUUAUGGGAUCGACAAGCCUGGAGUUUCCCAGCAGGUGGCCGUCAAGAUGCUGAAAGAAAAACACCAGUCUGUGGAGAAGGAAGCUCUCAUGUCAGAGCUGAAGAUGCUGACUCACAUCGGUCAGCAUACCAACAUUGUUAACCUGCUCGGAGCAUGCACAGAAACAGGACCUAUAUACCUGAUUUUCCAGUAUUGCUGCUACGGAGACCUGUUAAACUAUCUGAAGAAGAGUGGUGACCGUUAUCACAAGUGUGUGGCCGAUGCCAUCAGCAGGGACCGUUUCAGCAGCCUGUACCACAACGUGCAGCCCAAGAAAAACUCCAAUGAAAUGAUAACAACAGUGGAUAACUACAUGCCCAUGCAAGGUACAACCACAAGGGGGCAGGAGAACAUCGCCCUCAUCACCUUCAGCUCCAAUGACAAUGAAGAAAUGUAUGAGAGUGAAGAUGACCAGACAGAGCAGCAGGCCCUCACAUUUGAUGAUCUGCUCAGCUUUGCCUUUCAAGUGGCCAAAGGGAUGGAGUUUCUGUCUUCCAAGAAUUGCAUCCACCGAGAUCUGGCAGCUCGAAACGUUUUGGUAACAAAAGGUCGGUUGGUGAAAAUUGGGGAUUUUGGGCUGGCCCGAGAUAUCGACAAUGAUUCUAACUAUGUUGUGCGAGGAAACGUGCGUCUGCCUGUUAAGUGGAUGGCCCCAGAGAGCAUCUUUCAGGGAAUGUACACCAUGAAGAGUGACGUCUGGGCUUAUGGCAUUCUGCUCUGGGAGAUCUUCUCACUUGGUGUCACUCCGUAUCCCGGGAUUAAAGUGGAUCACAGCUUCUACACAAUGAUUGAGAGAGGAUUCAAGAUGGAGUGUCCGUACUAUGCCAAUGAAUCUGUGUACAGCAUCAUGUGCAAGUGUUGGGCUCUGGAUCCCAAUAACCGUCCAUCUUUCUCCAAGUUAGUGGACUUUAUGAGUGACCAGCUGAUGGACAUGGAGGAGAAGCUCUACCAGAACAUGCAUGACCAGAAUUCCAGUGACUAUCAGAAUGCAUCGACCAUUGUGGACAUUUCAGCCUCGGUAAAAGAAAAUGGUAACCAGGCGGAAGCUGUGAGUGACUACCGCGAAGCCACCGCAAGAGAGGAAAGCAAUGUGGAGGCAUUAAAGUCAGAGUCUGCUGUGGGAGAGGAGGAGGAGCCUCUGAAGCCAUCUGUUGGAGAGUGAUCUCCUCAAGCUAUCCACACCAUAUAUAACAAUAUACUUAUUUUCUCAUCAUAACCAUAUAAAUAUUAUAAUGGCUUUAUAUUUAUCCCCAAAUAAACUCAGUGUUUAGCAGCAUUUAUCGAACAUAACUUACAAUCAUGUAGAAAUGCUGAAUUGUACAUGAAUAUGCAGAUUGUCUUGUGCACCUGAAACAGAAAUAAUUGUUUCAUAAUGGGAUUAUAAGUGUUCUCAGUGCAAAACGACAUCCCCAUAGCAUAAUGCUGCCACCACCAUGCUUUUUGGUGGGGAUGGUAAGCUCAGAGCCAUGUGUGGUGUUGUUUUUGCCAAAUUAAAUAUGGUACAAAUAGGUAAAAGUGUUCACUAUAUAUAAUGUCAAAUUAACUUAAUAUUCUACUCGUUAAAAUCAUCGAAGUAUUUUGCUGGCUUUACAUUAUAUUUUGAAUAUUAAACAUUUUAUACUUUUUUUUAGGCUGAAUUAAACAUAUUUUAUGUAGCAUUUAUUUAAUAUAUUUUAAAUGUAGUUUUGGAUAUCUUUGUAACAUAAUUUUUAAGAAAGCAUUAUUUUGUAUGAAUGAAGAGAGUUUAUUGACACAGCUGAACCUGAAAUAUACUUUUCAUGAGAAAAGCAUUCUCACAUUACAGUGUUACUUUAAAAAGGUACAAAUUUUAUUCCAUUUUAAUUUAAAAAGAUAAUAUUUUUCUAAACUAUCAGUUUUCAGGUUUUCUUCUAUAUCAAACUAAUCAGUUUUCACAUCAGGUACUACAAUUUUUUAAUCGCAUCGUUACAACAUAUCACUUUAUCAUUAUUUUUACUAGCUGCUGUAUUAACAUUUCUAUACUGUACUUCAUUAUCUCAUUUAUUACAGCAAUACAAAUACUUUACAAUACAAUAAAGAAAGAUCAUCUGGAAUGAUUUAUGAUGUUCAUGCUUUUUGUGCUUCUCAAAUGAUUUGAUGUAUUAUUAUUAUUCAUUAUUUUAAGAGAUUGAGCGCUCCCUUUUUUUGUUUAUACUCUAAUUUGAAGAUCACCAUAUUUUUAAUUUACUAAGAUUUAG